AUGGACCCGCACUAUGCUGCCCAGGAUGCUCUCUUGAAAGUUCAUAACAGAAUUGUAGAGGAAGAUCUUUUUGGUGGAGUUACAUUUGAUGAUGACAAUGAGAACAGUGUUGUCACCGCAAGGCUUCUAGUUCCAAACAAAAUGGAGUUGGAGAGUAUUGUAGAUCCUGUACAUCGUGAAACUAAAAAUCUGACAGAUCGUAUGACACCAAGGGCCCUAUUUACCACGAAGCACAAGGAAUUGGUGAAAGAGGGCGCAAAGUCAAUGAAAGAAACAGCAACUUCUUGUUUCAAAUGGAUAUAUGAAUUGAAACUGGUUCAUUUCCGAACCUAUGAAUUUCUAGAGUGCAUGUGUAAAGAGAUAAAAAAGAAACACCUUCACCAUUUGCAAGUUGCAUUAUUGCAUGAAGCAAUCUUCCGAGCUGUAGAACGAGGGCAUGUUGAGUUUAUCGAUCUUUUACGCAAAGCACAUCCAGAUAUCCUACGGAUCACUGAUGGAAGAGGAAGGAACAUAUUCCAGUAUGCCAUCGGAUCUCGUCAAGAAAAAGUCUACAACCUCAUAUACACGCUUGACAAAAAUGAAAGAAAUGCUACUAUAAAUUCUACAGAUAAGUUUAACAACGGUAUUCUACAUGCAGCAGGGAAUUUGUAUCUGCACCUUGAUAAAAUUCAAGGUGCAGCUUUGCAAAUGCAAAGAGAGCUACAAUGGUUCAAGGAGGUGGAGAGUAUUGUACCUCCCAACGUUCUUGAACUUACCAAUUCUACCAAUGGUCUGACAGCACAAGAACUAUUUAGCAAGAACCACAAAGAAUUGGUGAAGGAGGGAGAAAGAUCAAUGAAAGACACAGCAACUUUGUGUACAGUUGCCAGUGCUCUCAUUGUUACAAUGAUGUUUGCUGCAGCAUUUACAGUUCCUGGAGGAAUCCGAGGAGAUACAGGUUUUCCAAUGUUCUUGAGAAAACCAUUGUUUACAGUUUUUAUAAUUUCAGAUUCUGUAUCACUCUUUUCUUCCACAACUUCAGUCAUGAUAUUUCUGGGAAUCCUAACCUCACGUUAUGCAGAAAAAGAUUUCCUCAAAUCCUUGCCCACAAAAACGAUAUUAGGCCUUUCCACCCUUUUUUUCUCUAUCACGAGUAUGAUGAUUGCCUUUUUGGUUUAUGUGUUGCAAGCUGACGGACUUCCUUGCCCCCCGCAGUGCUAG